AUGGGAAAAUUAAACAACUCGGUGAGUGACCGAGAAAACGCGCGAGAUGAGAGAUUCGAAAACAGAGGUAAGGCAGAAGUAGGUGUAAGCCCGGUUUCCAGAGCAAACUGCAUCGGGGCCGAGAUAGUAAGUAACUUCCCCGCGGCCGCUCAGAAUGCGAGCUCGUUACUUUACGGGCUGAUUAACGCCAAACAUGGAUGGGAUUCCACGCCCGGCUGCCUGAAGUAA